CAGGUGAACAGCCAGCCUGGCCAUGGAUGCUGCCAACGAGUCUUCAGAGGGAGCCCCAUUCGUCCUACUGGGACUGACAACAAGACCUGGGCAGCAGUGGCCUCUGUUUGUGCUGUUCUUGGUCUUGUAUGUGGCAGGCAUCCUGGGCAAUGGACUCAUUGUGGCUGCCAUCCAGGCCAGUCCAGCCCUUCAUGCACCCAUGUACUUCCUGCUGGCUCAUUUGUCCUUUGCUGAUCUCUGCUUUACCUCUGUCACUGUGCCCAAGAUGUUGGCCAACUUGCUGUCCCACGACCGCUCCAUCUCCCUGGCUGGCUGCCUGACCCAAAUGUACUUCUUCUUUGCCCUAGGGGUAACUGAUAGCUGUCUCCUGGCCGCCAUGGCCUAUGACCGCUAUGUGGCCAUCCGGUACCCCCUCCACUAUGCCAUAAGGAUGUCCAGGGCCGUGUGCAUGGCCCUGGUGGGGACAGCAUGGCUCGUGUCCCAUGUCCACUCCCUCCUGCAUAUUCUGCUCAUGGCCCGCCUAUCAUUCUGUGCCUCCCACCAAGUGCCCCACUUUUUCUGUGACCACCAGCCUCUCUUAAGGCUUUCAUGUUCUGACACCCGCCACAUCCAGCUGCUCAUCUUCACCGAGGGUGCCGCGGUGGUGGUCACUCCCUUCCUGCUCAUCCUUACCUCCUAUGGGGCCAUCGCAGCUGCUGUGCUCCGCCUGCCCUCAGCCUCUGGGAGGCUCCGGGCUGUGUCCACCUGUGCCUCCCACCUGGCUGUGGUGGGCCUCUUCUAUGGGACAGUCAUCGCAGUCUACUUCCAGCCCACAUCCCGAUACAAGGCAGAGCAGGGCUCUGUGGCCACUGUCAUGUACACUGUAGUCACGCCCAUGCUGAACCCCAUCAUCUACAGCCUCCGGAAUCGCGAUGUGCAGGGGGCACUCCGAGCCCUUUUCACUGGGCAGAGGGUCUCAGCUCGUGACUCCUGAAAGCCAGACCCCACCAAGGACAGACUGCAGCACCCGCACUGACAACCAUGAAUGUGACCAUCUCUCUUCUGUUAUUCCCCCAAAUCACAGUAAUAACCAUCAUUUUCU